AUGGCUCGAAAAUCGAAGAAAGGCCGCACGGCCAAAAUUGCUGACUCCAGUCCUGUUCUGCAGCCCCAAGAAAACCGAGGAAACCCGAAGCCACAAACACAGGCCCAAGGGACCAAGCCCCAAAAGAAGAAAAGUCGAUCGAGUGCCGGCAACCGCAAGAACAAGAACAAAGCCGCUACCUCACCUGAAACGACAACCGCUAAAUUAGACCCCAUCCAUGCCCCACAGGCACAAGAUCCAGAACCCGGUAUGACAAUGCCGUGGGAUAUGGAUUUGAAAUACAAUUCAGCUGUCGAUGCUGGUGAGAUCAGCUCGGUUAACGACAACUCGGUUUUGGUCCAACUUCUAAAAAUCUCCGAGCUCGGCAGGAUGAUUAUCGAUCUCAUCAAUCCCAGCAUCGGUGAUCUCACGGCAUUGGCCAUGUCCUGCAAACGGGUGGCCGCAUGUACGCGGGCCAAAUUUGAUGUUUGGGAUUCCAGAUCCGGCGUAUUCCCUAUCGAUCACUAUGGCGAAAAAGACGAGCAAGGCCGUAUCACUCAGAUCGGUGACUUUCGGGCCAACACCUUGGUGAUCACCCCAACCUCAGACGAACCGAAGGUUCCUAAGAAACCUUAUGAGACUGAUUUUAGGAAUAUGAUGCAGCUUUGCAACGCGGUUACGCAGAUUCCAUCAACCUUCCGUUCCAUCGCCUUGGACCAGCUCCCAUUCUUCGACGUCGGCAUGUUUGAAAUGAUGGUGAACACAAUGCCGAAACUAGAUACGGUUACAAUCACUCGGUGUUUGCUACUAGAUAUCACCAAGUUAAGGCCUUUACUCGAGGUUAUUGACCGCCACCCGCGGUUCUUGGAGAGCAGACCCUCUCAGAACAUGUCCGACAACCCCUGGGAUGCGGAAUCCAACCAGGACAAGCCGGAAUCAAAGGCGCAUGCACAGGCACAGGUGCAGGCACAGGCACAGGCCACUUCCUCCCAACAGAACGCCAAACGGAAGAAAUACCAACAAGAAAUGCUCAGAAAACAAGCCCGGCAGCCGAGUUACAUUCGUCUCGAUUUCUCGCCAUUUUUUUUCCAUGGCCCCGAAUCGGGCCCACGUCUAGGCUCAUACGGCGUUACCUACAACGAGCCGACGUUCAACGCGCCAAAGGCUGUCUUCGCUUUAAUCAUCCAGUGUCGGGACCUCGCCAACAAGGUGGGUAUGGACUUGCUAAGCGACAGUUCGUCAUUUUGGGGCUUCGUCCGCCGGUUACCCGGCCCCGACGCUCUCUGGGCUAUAAAGGCCCGAGAGACUUUGAUCACCUACGAGCAUGAACUCGCUGUAGGUAAGAAGCCUAUCAAGGUCAUUUGGGAUAGGUUCGCGGACGACCUUACGGCCGCUUUGACUGGGGACAACCAGGCACACCCCCACAUUCCUAGCGCCAUGGCGAGGUACCUGCCUCACGGUAUGUCUGGGACUUACUGGCGAGAGUCGGAGAAGUGCCUCAUGUGUGGUUCGACCUUCCCCGUAUCUCUCUUUCCCAUCCGCCGCGACGCUUGCUGGAGCUGCAAGAUGGAGCGGUACGUCGAGACGAUGGAAGAUAGCCAUCUCCGGUUGUGGCAAGAGGCCGCUCUUCGACAUUGGCGAGCGGGACUUAAGCGAGACGAGGCAAACUUCCAGACGCUCAUUUCGUAUAGGAAGCCCACUUUGGACAAGGCCUUGGAAGACGUGAGGUGCGCGGACUGGGUAAGGAUGUACUUCCUCGAUUUCCACCCUCCUCCACAAAACACCGCCGAGUACGACUGGGAAACAGGCACUCCGCCGGAGCAGUUGUACUGCCCUCCGCCUCCCCGAGAUCUCGAGCCCACGCGCGCCUCGAUGGCUCGCUGGCGCUGGGACCGUGCCGCAGCCACUGCGGCUUUUGAUUAUCGGAAGGGAGGCCCUCAACGCAGUCAUCCCUGCCGGGUACCGAUCAGCACGGGUGACUAUGCCGAUUACAACUACGGCCCCGAGGCAGAGGUGCAUUUCAACAGCCGUUGGCAGUGGAACCGACUAAGCGAUAAGUUCUACAAAGAGAUCGUUUUCGAGGAGCAGAGAGCCAUGGAUGCAAAGGGUGGCCGCCGCCGCUUGCCUCCGGGCAUCACUGAUGAGCAUCACGCCUUCAAACAGCAGUUGAAGGAGGCUCGGAAGUCAACCAAAUAUUGCAAGAAAGUUCGGGACAGCGAGAGGCACGCCCAGAAUCUCAGGGACAAGAAGUUGUACACCCUGCAGCUCCACUUCGUCGAGGACUGCUUGUUUUCCAUGUCGACGCUGGCCCACAAACCCUUCAAUUUGGACAAGCCCAUCCCCGACCCGGGCGUAAAUCCGGUCGAAUAUAAUCGUCUCUUAGACGAGCAUGGACGGAUGAGCAACUAUGGUUUCAGAAAGGACGGUUGCUGGCAAUGA